CCUUAGAAUGUUCAUAAUACAGAAUAAAGUUUUAAGUGAUUCCUUUUUAUGUUUUAUAAAAGUUGACAUUCCUGAGGUCUGUUAGUAAAUUUUCAAAAUGAUAAGAAUUAUCUUUUGAAUACAAGUUAGUGUUUUACAUGUCAGCCCUAAGUUUAUUUAAAAGGAACACACACCUCAGGCCAAAGUAAAUUUCUCUUUACACAGUGAAAGUUCUCAAAAUCUACAUGUUAAACUAGAUGGAUGCUCAACAUUUCAUAGACUCAGUAUUGUUGUUAGCACCCAUUGUACGUGUAUGCCCACAUGAAGUGCAGUUUCAUGGUCUGUAGCUGUUUGGUUUGUUAUCAGCAUGAACAGUAAAUGUCCUAAAAAUCAGCCUCAAAACAGCUGGCCAUUGACCAACUGGGGUUUAGCACCGCCUAAAUUCACAUGACGUUUAUUUGCUCUUUGACACACAUAGUGUACCUGACUUCUCAUCAAGGAAGUUGGUAUAGACGCCUUUCUGUGUGCUUGUGGGUCUAGUAAUGUAGAAGAACCUUAAAAUGGAUUUUUUAAAGAGAGUUGUUCCUCCCAUUCUUUCGGGAGAUGUGGUUUUGGAUACUAGUGUUCAGGAAAGUUCCCCAAGGUUAGUUAAGAUGAAACGUCUUAGUUUGCUUUCUUCAGAGAAGACGAUAGAUGAGCAAGGUGGAACUAAUUUCUAUCAUUGUAAUUAUGGCAAAUACGAACACCAACAACUAGCUUCAGCACCAGUCAGCAAAGUGAAUAAGUACUGUGCUUCUUCCAACUUUCAUUCCACUUGGGGAAAAAAUAAUAUCAUCAUGUCAAACAUUACGAUUGACCCAGAUGUCAAACCUGGUGAAUAUGUCAUCAAGAGCCUCUUUGCAGAAUUUGCUGUUCAAGCUGAAAAGAAAAUUGAAGUUGUAAUGGCCGAACCCUUGGAGAAGCUAUUGUCCAGAUCUCUUCAGAGGGGUGAAGAUCUUCAGUUUGACCAGUUGAUAAGCUCUAUGAGCUCAGUAGCAGAGCACUGUCUCCCUUCCUUACUUCGCACCUUGUUUGACUGGUACAGACGCCAAAAUGGAACAGAUGAUGAAUCUUAUGAAUAUAGGCCUCGAUCUAGCACAAAGUCUAAAGGGGAUGAACAGCAACGUGAAAGAGAUUAUCUUCUUGAAAGGAGGGACUUAGCAGUAGACUUCAUUUUUUGUUUAGUUUUAGUUGAAGUUUUAAAGCAGAUUCCUGUUCAUCCUGUACCCGAUCCCUUAGUUCAUGAAGUCCUAAACUUAGCUUUUAAGCACUUUAAACAUAAGGAAGGAUAUUCAGGAACCAACACUGGGAAUGUGCAUAUUAUUGCAGACUUAUAUGCAGAGGUGAUAGGGGUUCUUGCCCAAUCAAAGUUUCAGGCUGUAAGGAAGAAGUUUGUGACAGAAUUGAAAGAACUGCGACAAAAGGAACAAAGCCCACAUGUGGUACAAAGCGUUAUCAGCUUAAUAAUGGGAAUGAAAUUUUUUCGAGUAAAAAUGUAUCCUGUAGAAGAUUUUGAAGCAUCAUUUCAAUUUAUGCAGGAAUGUGCUCAGUAUUUCUUAGAAGUGAAAGAUAAAGAUAUAAAACAUGCACUUGCUGGUUUAUUUGUGGAGAUUCUUAUCCCUGUAGCUGCUGCUGUUAAAAAUGAAGUGAAUGUUCCUUGUUUGAAAAAUUUUGUGGAGAUGCUUUAUCAGACUACUUUUGAACUGAGCUCGAGAAAGAAGCAUUCAUUGGCUUUAUAUCCACUAAUUACCUGCCUUUUAUGUGUCAGUCAGAAACAAUUUUUUUUAAAUAACUGGCAUAUUUUCCUACAGAACUGUUUGUCACAUUUAAAGAAUAAAGAUCCUAAAAUGUCUCGAGUUGCACUGGAAUCUUUAUAUAGAUUGUUGUGGGUUUAUGUAAUUAGAAUAAAAUGUGAAAGCAACACUGUAACUCAAAGUCGUCUUAUGAGCAUAGUGUCAGCACUUUUUCCAAAAGGCUCACGAAGUGUGGUUCCUCGUGACACACCUCUCAAUAUAUUUGUGAAGAUUAUUCAGUUCAUUGCUCAGGAACGUUUGGAUUUUGCAAUGAAAGAAAUAAUAUUUGAUCUUCUCAGUGUUGGAAAAUCUACUAAAACUUUCACCAUUAAUCCAGAGAGAAUGAACAUAGGCCUCAGAGUCUUCCUUGUAAUAGCAGACAGUUUGCAACAGAAAGAUGGUGAACCACCCAUGCCAACAACAGGAGUUAUUCUUCCCUCAGGAAAUACUCUUCGUGUAAAGAAAAUUUUUCUCAAUAAAACCCUGACAGAUGAAGAAGCAAAAGUCAUAGGAAUGUCAGUUUACUAUCCUCAAGUAAGAAAAGCAUUAGAUAGCAUCCUCAGACAUUUGGACAAAGAAGUUGGGAGACCAAUGUGUAUGACCAGUGUGCAGAUGUCUAAUAAGGAGCCUGAAGACAUGAUUACGGGGGAAAGAAAACCCAAGAUUGAUUUGUUUAGAACUUGUAUUGCUGCGAUUCCAAGGUUGAUUCCUGAUGGUAUGAGCAGAACUGACCUCAUUGAAUUGUUAGCAAGGCUCACAAUUCAUAUGGAUGAAGAACUGCGUGCUCUGGCUUUCAAUACUCUGCAGGCACUAAUGCUUGAUUUUCCAGAUUGGCGGGAGGAUGUUCUUUCAGGAUUUGUUUAUUUUAUUGUUCGUGAAGUGACUGAUAUCCAUCCCACGCUUCUUGAUAAUGCUGUAAAGAUGUUGGUACAAUUAAUAAAUCAGUGGAAACAAGCAGCCCAAAUGCAUAAUAAAAACCAGGACUCACAGCAUGGUGUAGCUAAUGGAGCUUCUCAUCCCCCUCCUCUGGAAAGGAGCCCGUAUUCCAGUGUAUUCCAUGUGGUUGAAGGCUUUGCACUUGUCAUUCUCUGUAGCAGUCGACCUGCCACUAGGAGACUAGCCGUCAGUGUCCUUAGAGAAAUACGGGCUUUAUUUGCACUUUUGGAAAUACCUAAGGGUGAUGAUGAAUUAGCCAUAGAUGUGAUGGACAGGCUAAGCCCAUCCAUUCUUGAGAGCUUCAUACAUCUCACUGGGGCUGAUCAGACCACUUUGCUCUAUUGCCCUAGCUCGAUAGAUUUACAGACAUUAGCAGAAUGGAACUCUUCUCCAAUUAGCCACCAGUUUGAUGUGAUUAGUCCUUCACACAUAUGGAUAUUUGCACAUGUGACCCAAGGCCAAGACCCAUGGAUUAUAAGUCUCUCCAGUUUUUUAAAGCAAGAAAAUCUUCCUAAACACUGCUCUACAGCUGUGAGCUAUGCUUGGAUGUUUGCAUACACAAGACUUCAGUUGUUGUCCCCUCAGGUCGAUAUAAAUAGCCCCAUCAAUGCUAAGAAAGUAAACACCACCACAAGCAGUGACUCAUACAUUGGCCUGUGGAGAAACUAUCUGAUCCUUUGCUGCAGUGCAGCAACAUCGUCAUCUUCCACAUCUGCAGGUUCUGUGAGAUGUUCUCCUCCUGAGACGCUGGCGUCUACCCCAGAUAGCGGCUAUAGCAUUGAUUCUAAAAUUAUUGGAAUCCCAUCCCCUUCAUCCUUGUUUAAGCACAUAGUUCCAAUGAUGCGCUCUGAGAGCAUGGAAAUCACAGAAUCCCUUGUUCUAGGUCUUGGCAGAACCAACCCAGGAGCUUUUAGGGAACUAAUAGAGGAAUUACAUCCCAUAAUUAAAGAAGCACUCGAAAGAAGGCCAGAGAAUAUGAAACGGCGCAGGCGUCGAGACAUUUUACGAGUACAACUGGUACGAAUAUUUGAACUGCUGGCAGAUGCUGGUGUCAUUAGUCACAGUGCAAGUGGUGGCCUUGAUAAUGAAACACAUUUUCUCAACAACACAUUAUUGGAGUAUGUAGAUUUAACUAGACAACUCCUGGAAGCAGAAAAUGAAAAAGACUCUGACACACUGAAGGAUAUACGAUGCCAUUUUAGUGCCUUAGUGGCGAAUAUUAUUCAGAAUGUUCCAGUGCACCAGAGAAGAAGUAUUUUUCCUCAACAGAGCCUUCGUCACAGUCUGUUUAUGCUGUUCAGUCACUGGGCAGGUCCUUUCAGCAUCAUGUUUACGCCCUUGGACAGAUACAGUGAUAGAAAUAUGCAGAUUAAUAGACAUCAAUACUGUGCAUUAAAGGCUAUGUCUGCUGUACUAUGUUGUGGCCCUGUUGCAGAUAAUGUAGGACUUUCAUCAGAUGGCUAUUUGUACAAAUGGCUGGAUAACAUUUUGGAUUCUCUGGACAAAAAGGUUCACCAGCUGGGCUGUGAAGCAGUUACGUUGUUGCUGGAGCUGAACCCUGAUCAGAGCAACCUGAUGUACUGGGCUGUGGACCGCUGCUACACGGGCUCCAGGAGGGUGGCGGCUGGCUGCUUUAAAGCCAUUGCUAAUGUUUUCCAGAACAGGGAUUAUCAGUGUGACACAGUGAUGCUUCUAAAUCUGAUACUGUUUAAAGCAGCUGAUUCUUCUAGAAGUAUCUAUGAAGUUGCUAUGCAACUUUUACAGAUUCUGGAACCGAAGAUGUUUCGCUAUGCUCACAAAUUGGAGGUUCAGAGAACAGAUGGAGUACUCAGCCAGCUGUCUCCUCUACCACACCUGUAUUCUGUUUCAUAUUAUCAGUUGUCCGAGGAACUAGCAAGGGCGUAUCCUGAGCUAACUCUUGCCAUAUUCUCAGAGAUAAGCCAGAGAAUCCAGACAGCUCACCCUGCUGGGCGCCAGGUGAUGCUGCACUACCUGCUACCAUGGAUGAACAACAUUGAGCUGGUGGACUUAAAACCUCUGCCCACAGCAAGGCGACAUGAUGAAGAUGAAGAAGAUUCCUUAAAAGACCGAGAACUUAUGGUGACUAGCAGGCGCUGGUUACGGGGAGAAGGAUGGGGAUCUCCACAAGCCACUGCAAUGGUUUUGAACAAUCUGAUGUAUAUGACAGCAAAGUAUGGCGAUGAACUGGCCUGGUCAGAGGUGGAGAACGUGUGGACCACACUUGCAGAUGGCUGGCCAAAAAACCUGAAAAUCAUUUUGCACUUUCUGAUCAGCAUUUGUGGGGUGAAUAGUGAACCAAGCCUCUUGCCUUACGUGAAGAAGGUCAUUGUAUAUUUAGGUAGAGAUAAAACAAUGCAGUUACUAGAAGAGCUGGUGAGUGAGCUUCAGCUGACCGAUCCUGUCAGUUCAGGGGUCACUCACAUGGAUAAUCCCCCGUAUUAUCGCAUCACUUCCAGCUAUAAAAUCCCUUCUGUCACCUCAGGAACUACUUCCAGUAGCAAUACAAUGGUAGCUCCCACAGAUGGCAAUCCAGAUAAUAAGCCCAUUAAAGAGAAUAUUGAAGAGAGCUAUGUGCACCUGGACAUCUACAGUGGACUAAACAGUCAUUUGAAUCGGCAACAUCACAGACUAGAAUCCCGAUACAGUAGCAGCUCUGGAGGAUCUUAUGAAGAAGAAAAAAGUGAUUCAAUGCCACUUUAUUCUAAUUGGCGACUGAAAGUGAUGGAGCAUAACCAAGGAGAGCCACUGCCCUUCCCACCAGCUGGAGGCUGCUGGUCACCACUGGUGGAUUACGUGCCUGAAACGUCAUCACCUGGAUUACCUCUUCACAGGUGUAACAUAGCAGUGAUCCUUUUGACUGAUCUGAUCAUUGAUCAUAGUGUGAAGGUGGAAUGGGGAAGCUACCUCCAUCUUCUUCUUCAUGCAGUUUUUAUAGGGUUUGACCACUGCCACCCUGAGGUGUAUGAACAUUGUAAACGCCUGCUUCUGCACUUAUUAAUAGUAAUGGGACCCAACAGUAACAUCCGCACUGUUGCUUCUGUCCUUCUCAGGAACAAGGAGUUUAAUGAGCCCAGGGUGCUUACAGUCAAACAAGUUGCACACUUAGAUUAUAAUUUCACAGCAGGCAUUAAUGAUUUUAUACCUGAUUACCAGCCCUCCCCUAUGACUGACUCAGGGCUUAGCUCAAGUUCUACCUCUUCUAGUAUCAGCUUAGGAAAUAACAGUGCUGCCAUUUCACAUCUGCACACCACUAUCCUCAAUGAGGUUGACAUCUCAGUGGAGCAGGAUGGAAAAGUCAAAACCCUCAUGGAAUUUAUUACCUCAAGAAAAAGAGGGCCUCUUUGGAACCAUGAGGAUGUUUCCGCCAAGAAUCCUAGCAUAAAGAGUGCUGAACAGUUAACUACAUUUUUGAAACAUGUGGUUUCUGUUUUUAAGCAGUCAAGCUCAGAAGGAGUUCAUUUGGAACAUCAUCUUAGUGAAGUUGCUCUGCAAACAGCACUUUCCUGUUCUUCUCGACACUAUGCUGGGAGAUCCUUUCAGAUUUUCAGGGCCCUAAAGCAGCCUCUCACUGCAACUAUGCUUUCUGAUGUUCUCUCCAGACUUGUAGAAACUGUAGGGGAUCCAGGAGAAGAUGCACAGGGAUUUGUGAUUGAGCUGCUUCUCACGUUGGAAUCUGCAAUUGAUACUUUGGCUGAAACCAUGAAGCAUUAUGAUCUUCUUUCUGCCCUUUCUCAAACCUCAUAUCAUGAUCCUAUAAUGGGAAACAAGUAUGCAGCUAACAGGAAAAGCACUGGACAACUCAAUCUAAGCACAAGUCCCAUUAAUAGUAGCAAUUAUUUGGGAUGUAACAGUAAUGCAAGAAGUAAUUCUUUGAGAUUAAGUUUAAUUGGUGACCGAAGAGGUGACCGGCGGCGGAGUAACACACUGGAUAUAAUGGAUGGACGGAUAAACCAUAGCAGUAGUUUAGCAAGGACUAGAAGCCUUUCCUCUCUAAGAGAGAAAGGAAUGUAUGAUGUGCAGUCCACUACUGAGCCUACCAACUUGAUGGCCACCAUUUUUUGGAUAGCAGCAUCUUUAUUAGAAUCAGAUUAUGAAUAUGAAUACCUCCUGGCUCUCAGGCUUCUCAACAAACUGCUUAUCCAUUUGCCUUUGGAUAAAUCAGAGAGUCGAGAGAAGAUUGAAAAUGUACAAAGCAAAUUGAAAUGGACGAAUUUUCCAGGACUUCAGCAGCUCUUCCUUAAGGGUUUUACCUCAGCAUCUACACAAGAAAUGACCGUGCACCUCCUCAGUAAACUCAUUUCUGUCUCCAAACACACAUUGGUGGAUCCUUCCCAACUGUCAGGCUUUCCUCUUAACAUCCUUUGCUUAUUGCCUCACUUAAUCCAGCACUUUGACAGCCCAACUCAGUUUUGCAAAGAAACAGCUAGUCGAAUAGCAAAGGUUUGUGCAGAAGAAAAAUGCCCAACACUUGUCAAUCUGGCACACAUGAUGAGUUUGUACAGUACGCACACAUAUUCCAGAGACUGUUCUAACUGGAUCAAUGUCGUGUGCAGAUACCUGCAUGACUCCUUCUCAGAUACAACAUUUAAUCUUGUGACAUAUCUUGCAGAGCUGUUAGAAAAAGGAUUGUCCAGUAUGCAGCAAUCAUUACUACAGAUUAUUUAUAGUCUGUUGAGUCACAUUGACCUGUCUGCAGCCCCAGCCAAGCAGUUUAAUCUGGAGAUCAUAAAGAUUAUUGGCAAAUAUGUACAGAGUCCUUACUGGAAGGAAGCCCUUAACAUACUAAAGCUGGUGGUGUCACGCUCUGCAAGUCUCGUCGUACCCAGUGAUAUCCCCAAGACCUAUGGAGGAGACAUAGGUUCUCCUGAAAUAUCCUUCACUAAAAUUUUUAAUAAUGUUUCUAAGGAGUUGCCUGGGAAGACCUUAGAUUUUCAUUUUGAUAUAUCUGAGACACCAAUUAUUGGAAACAAAUAUGGUGAUCAGCACAGUGCGGCUGGAAGAAAUGGGAAACCAAAAGUUAUUGCUGUCACUAGAAGUACUUCCUCAACUUCUUCUGGUUCUAAUUCUAAUGCCUUGGUUCCUGUUAGUUGGAAAAGGCCACAGUUAUCCCAGCGAAGAACAAGAGAAAAGCUAAUGAACGUGCUUUCUCUCUGUGGUCCAGAAUCUGGCCUCCCAAAGAAUCCAUCAGUUGUAUUUUCUUCUAAUGAAGAUCUGGAAGUUGGGGACCAACAGACUAGCCUAAUUUCUACAACAGAAGACAUAAUUCAAGAGGAAGAAGUAGCUAUGGAAGAUAAUAGCAGUGAACAACAGUUUGGUGUUUUUAAGGAUUUUGACUUUUUAGAUGUUGAACUGGAAGAUGCAGAGGGUGAAAGUAUGGACAAUUUCAACUGGGGAGUCCGCAGGCGCUCACUUGACAGUAUUGACAAAGGGGACACUCCAUCCCUCCAGGAGUACCAGUGCUCUAGUAGCACCCCCAGCCUGAACCUCACCAACCAGGAGGAUACAGAUGAGUCCUCGGAAGAAGAAGUACUUACAGCAAGCCAGAUACUCUCACGCACACAAAUGUUAAACAGUGAUUCUGCUGCUGAUGAAACAAUGCCAGACCAUCCUGACUUACUUCUCCAGUCUCAAGAUUCCACUGGCAGCAUCACAACAGAAGAAGUGCUUCAAAUCAGGGAUGAGACCCCAACUUUGGAGGCUUCUCUAGAUAAUGCUAACAGCCAGCUGCCUGAGGUGGGGAGAAAUGGGGGCUGGUGCAUGGCCAAUCUGGGUUCUUUUUAUCUGGAAAAUUCAGUAAUAUGUUCAAGGCUUUACAAAAACCGAGUGGAAAGUAAUCAGCUGUGCGCCAGGGGUGAUGAAGAAGCAGAUUUCUCUGGACUGUCUAGUCAAGAUGAAGAAGAGCAAGAUGGUUUUCCAGAAGUACAGAUGUCACCUCUGCCGUCACCCUUUCUUUCUGCCAUCAUAGCCGCUUUUCAGCCUGUGCCAUAUGAUAAUGAAGAGGAAGCCUGGCGCUGCCACGUCAAUCAGAUGCUGUCUGACACCGACGGGUCCUGUGCAGUGUUCACUUUUCAUGUGUUUUCUCGGCUGUUUCAGACAAUACAAAGAAAGUUUGGAGAAAUAACUAAUGAGGCAGUCAGCUUUCUUGGUGAGAGUCUGCAACGCAUUGGUACCAAAUUUAAAAGCUCCUUGGACGUGAUGAUGAUGUGUUCAGAAUGCCCAACAGUCUUUGUGGAUGCUGAAACACUAAUGUCAUGUGGUUUGCUGGAAACACUCAAGUUUGGGGUUUUGGAGUUGCAAGAACACCUGGAUACAUACAAUUCCAAAAGAGAAGCAGCUGAGCAGUGGCUAGAUGAUUGUAAGAGGACAUUUGGUGCCAAAGAAGACAUGUAUAGGAUAAGCACAGAUGGACAACAAAUGGAAAUACUAGCAGAACUGGAGCUCUGCCGAAGAUUAUACAAAUUGCAUUUUCAACUGCUGCUUCUGUUCCAGGCCUACUGUAAACUUAUAAACCAAGUAAAUACAAUAAAAAAUGAAGCAGAGGUCAUCAACAUGUCAGAGGAACUUGCCCAGUUGGAAAGUAUCCUCAAAGAAGCUGAGUCUGCUUCAGAAAACGAAGAAAUUGACAUUUCCAAAGCUGCACAAACUACUAUAGAAACUGCCAUUCAUUCUUUAAUUGAAACUUUGAAAAAUAAGGAAUUUAUAUCAGCUGUAGCACAAGUCAAAGCUUUCAGAUCUCUCUGGCCCAGUGAUAUCUUCGGCAGUUGUGAAGAUGACCCUGUGCAGACACUGUUACAUAUAUAUUUCCAUCAUCAGACGCUGGGCCAGACAGGAAGCUUUGCAGUUAUAGGCUCUAACCUGGACAUGUCAGAAGCCAACUACAAACUGAUGGAACUUAAUCUGGAAAUAAGAGAGUCUCUACGCAUGGUGCAAUCAUACCAGCUUCUAGCACAGGCCAAACCUAUGGGAAAUAUGGUGAGCACUGGAUUCUGAGACACUUCAGGCCUUUAGUAAAGAAACUAAACUGAAGAUGAUGAAGAAUAUUAACCAAGCACCUUUUAUGGACCCUUGCAUUCAUUGAUAACUUUCUGGCAGCAUCUACUUUUUAGUGUAACUAAUGUCAAACUGUAUCAAAAACAGAGAUCUGAAAGAAAAAAAAUCUGGUAUUUUAACAGCUGCCAAUAUCUCCCACAAUAACUGUAUGAAGAAGGAAUUUUUUAAUUACUUAACCUACGUGAAAAGAAAAGGGCUAAAAGUGAUGCCUACAAAUACAUUACUUUCUGGGGAAAGAAAAGAAUUUCAAGAAUGUUUGCAAUAAUGGCCUCCAAUACUGAACCAUCUGAAAGCAGGUGAAAUGAGGCUGAAAUCAAGGCUGUUUCAUUUUAGCUGAAGACCUGCAAAGCUGCUUGGAUUUCUAGCAGUGGUAAACCUAAUCUACAAUUGAUGCUUCAUCCUCCACAUGAACAUGCAGUCAGCUAUACACAUAAAGACUCAUUUGCAAAAACCAUUGAUUUUUCGAUAUGUGGGAUAAGGGUUUGGGGUUUGUUUUUUGGUCUGUAUAAGGAAUUAUGUGUGUGUGAGUUGGGAUGUGUGGUUAUGUGAUAGUCAUAUUUUCAAGGUAUGGAUGUUUGGUGAUAACGUCUCAGAGCAUGCCUAAAAGAGCACUGCAAGAUUAUUUUUGAAGAAAUGUUAUUUUAUUAGAUCUAACUCUUCAUAGUAUGUAAAUGUUAGAACAUUUUAAUAAUAUUUUAAAGCUGGGCUUUCCCAGUAUUUCAAAAAGAAAUAAUAUAUCUGUUAACAUUAUUGGAAUGCUGCUCAGUUCUCUGAUCAGUGCUUAUGUUACGAUUGUUGAUAACUAACCAAAGUAGAUGCCUGCAGAGACUUUAAAAUGUAAAAUAAAGAUGUAUGCUGCCCGUCAGCUAUUCUCAUUAGAAAAGUUAACUUAUUUUGCUCCAUAUAGAAACUGUAUAGACUAAAACCAGUAUUUUCUUGUACAUUUGUGCCAUGCACUGUUAUUAUACAAGAAUAGGUGUACAAAGCUAAAGAAAAAAAUGUGGUCAUUGAUGAUGGAAUUUAUGACUUGCAGGCUUUGAAGUCUGCAGAAUUCUAGAAAAGAGCUGCAAAUGCACUUUUCUGUGUUUAUUCAGGACUCACAUAUUUUACCCUAAAGAAACUUGGGGCUAGGGGAAAUGAAAGGAAGCCUGAAGACUACCAAAACAUGCAAUAUACUUAUUCACUGUCUAAGUCUGUAGUAUAACAUGAACUGGAGUCUCUAUCCUUUUUUAAAUAGCAUUUUGUAAGAAAAGGAAAAAAAAAUGUAGUCCCACAACUCCUGAUUGAAAGAAACACCUUGUAUUUUUUAUAUACAUCUCUUAUCCACUGUGACUUUUCUUUUAAACUGGGCUCUGUGAUUCCAGAGUUUAGAAUGUAGAGAUGAAAUGCUUAGCUUUACCUUUUCUUGGUGUGGACCCUGCCAGAAAUGUAAUUACGUAUGCUCAAGUGCAUUAAUUGAAGGCAUUGUGCACACCAUUGGACUGCUGACCACAGUUACGUUUCCAGUAAAAUUCCAUAACUGGUCACUGCUCAUUCAUAAUCACUGUAUUUUUUGACCCUGAUAAAGACAAUUAUUUUGAUGGUAUUCUGGUACUGUAAAUGGUGUCCUUUAAAUUAUUUAAAACUUUUGGGGGUGGGGCAGGCAGAGAGGGAUGGGGUCCAGAGAUACAUCACACUUUACAUCCUACCUUACUAUCCCCUAUUUUUCUCACCCUCCUUACAUCCUUUCUGUUAAAAAUAAAAAGCAUUGUAGCUGU